UGAUAUCCCCUACCAUUUUGCCUUCGAUUCGCCUCCCACAGUUCACCAACAGUGUCCAAGUUUAGAGUCUAGUUUGCUCUCAUGAUCAGCUGUUAUGCUCAUCUCCCGGCAGAUUCCUCCUCCCUCUGACCAUGGUCGCCCUUCUUCUCUCCCUCCUCCUUCUUCUUCACUCCUCUUUCCCUUCCUCCGCACAGCCCACAUUAACCCCUCCUUCCUCUCCUCCGGCCGAUUCAUCAUCGCAGCUCCGGUUCGAUAAAUCCAUGGCCAUUGUUUUGGUCAUCCUCAUCGUCGUCUUCUUCGCCUUGGGCUUCCUCUCCGUCUACUCUCGUCAAUGCGCAGAGCGACGAUUCCGAGGAACCGACGAUUUCCCGAUUGGGAACAGCGAGCGCCACCCCCGCGGCCUUGACCCCGAAAUCAUCCGCACCUUCCCCACCUUCGUCUACUCCACCGUCAAGGGCCUUAAAAUUGGGAGAAGUACUCUGGAAUGCGCCGUCUGCUUGAACGAGUUUCAAGACCACGAGACUCUCCGUUUCAUUCCCAAGUGCAGUCACGUCUUCCACCCCGGUUGCAUUGACCUCUGGUUAUCCUCUCACUCUACCUGCCCUGUUUGUCGGGCCAACCUCGUUCCCAGACCGGGAGAAGUCUCCUUCGUCGCCGUCCAGAUGCCCGACUCUCCCGCUGAAUCCGAGCACCAACAACACGCCAGCGAUAUCAUCCAACAUGAUCAACAAGUAGGUGAAUCAUCCCCCAAGAACAGAGACAUCGUCUAUCAGAAUCCUCCGCCGAGGUCAGGGAUUGCGAGCUUGUUUCCACGAUCACACUCGACAGGACACUCGCUGGUUUCUGCGGUGGAGGACCGCGAGAGGUUUACUUUAAGAUUGCCGGAGGAGGUGAGGAAGGGGCUUAUGCGGCCGGCAUUUGAGAGAAUGAGCAGUGAGAGAAGUGGUUACAGGACAAGAAGCGUGGGGAGUGGAGUUGGGCGGUUCGAGCGGUUCAGGAGGGAGGGGCGGUCCGACUGGUGGGGGUUCCUCCAUAGGAAUGCUUCGUCGAGGGAGAGCAGCAAGAAGCCACAUGCGGCCAUGGAAAACUUGGAGGAAAGAUCAACGGAUCGGUUAUGUGCAGAGCCAAGGCAGGAUUAGACGCAUCGCUAGCUUAAUUACAUUCAUUUCAUACUCUGGGCCUCACCAACUUUGCCUGUGAAUUUGAGGUUUCGCGUUCAUAAGUCAUGCAAUCUUUUCCUUUCACUUUAUUUUACAUUUGAAACUGUAGGGUAAAAGCAUUGGCGCACAUGUGGGAUCAUUUUAAUUAAGCACUGAAAACACAAAAGGAUCUCGUAAACUAUA